CGUCCCUUGGGGUCGGUCCUCUCGGUGCUGUCCGGCCGCGCUGGACUUGACAUCGGUCCUUCCUCCCCAGACCCGGACUGGUGGGCGGGGCCUCCGCGCGGUGGUGGCCUCCAGGCUUUCCCAAAGCCUCCCAGUCCCGGGUGUGAGCCUAAGGGAUAUGUCCCGCCCGCGCGCAAAGGCGCGGGGCUGCCCCUAGAACUUGGCUGCGGUGCCGAAUCCCGGUUUGGGAGGGGGCGUGGCCUGGGUGUGCGGGCUCCUGGCCAAUGGGUGCUGUGAAAGGCGUGGCCCGGGGUGGGGCGGGGGCUCGAGUGGGGGCUCCUCGGGUCCUUUCACUCAAAGCCAGGCUCCGCCAGGUCCGCGGGAGCCCCGCCGCUCUCUGACUCCUUGGCUGGGCGCGGUGGGUCGCGCCAGCCCGCCCUCCGCUCGCACAUCGCUCCGAGUCCCCAGUCGCCCCCCGCGUCCUUCCUCUGCCUUCCCGGCCGCGGCCGCAGACAACCCCCGCCCGCCCACGGCAGCUCCUGCGCCCCCAGCCCCUGAAACGACAUGCCGUCGGGGUUCCAACAAAUCGGCUCAGAAGAUGGGGAGCCCCCUCAGCAGCGAGUCACCGGGACCCUGGUCCUUGCUGUUUUCUCUGCGGUGCUCGGUUCCCUUCAGUUUGGCUACAACAUCGGGGUCAUCAAUGCCCCGCAGAAGGUGAUUGAACAGAGCUACAAUGAAACAUGGCUGGAUAGGCAGGGGCCUGAGGGGCCCAGCUCCAUCCCACCAGGUACCCUAACAACACUCUGGGCUCUCUCCGUGGCCAUCUUUUCUGUGGGCGGCAUGAUCUCCUCCUUCCUCAUUGGCAUCAUCUCUCAAUGGCUGGGAAGGAAGAGGGCAAUGUUGGUCAACAACAUCUUGGCAGUGCUGGGGGGCACACUUAUGGGCCUGGCCAAAGCUGCUUCCUCCUAUGAGAUGCUCAUUCUUGGACGGUUCCUCAUUGGUGCCUACUCAGGUCUGACAUCGGGGCUCGUGCCCAUGUAUGUGGGGGAGAUCGCGCCCACUCACCUGCGGGGUGCCUUGGGGACACUCAAUCAACUGGCCAUCGUCACCGGCAUUCUCAUUGCGCAGGUAUUGGGUUUGGAAUCCAUGCUGGGCACUACCACGCUGUGGCCACUACUCCUGGGCAUCACAGUGCUGCCAGCCCUUCUUCAGCUGAUUCUGCUGCCGUUCUGUCCAGAGAGCCCCCGCUACCUCUACAUUAUCAGGAACCUGGAGGGGCCUGCCAGAAGGAGUCUAAAGCGCCUGACAGGCUGGGCUGAUGUGUCUGGAGCUUUAGCUGAGCUGAAGGAGGAGAAACGGAAACUAGAACGUGAGCGGCCAUUGUCCCUGCUCCAGCUUUUGGGCAGCCGUACCCAACGGCAGCCCCUCAUCAUUGCUAUUGUGCUGCAGCUGAGCCAGCAGCUCUCCGGCAUCAAUGCGGUUUUCUAUUAUUCAACCAGCAUCUUUGAGUCAGCAGGAGUUGAGCAGCCGGCCUACGCCACCAUAGGAGCAGGUGUGGUCAACACAGUCUUCACUUUGGCUUCGGUAUUCCUGGUGGAAAGGGCUGGACGCCGGACGCUCCAUCUCCUUGGCCUGGCAGGAAUGUGUGGCUGUGCCAUCUUGAUGACUGUGGCUCUGCUUCUGCUGGAGCGAGUUCCUGCCAUGAGCUAUGUUUCCAUCGUGGCCAUCUUCGGCUUUGUGGCAUUCUUCGAGAUUGGCCCUGGCCCCAUUCCCUGGUUCAUCGUGGCUGAGCUCUUUAGUCAGGGGCCCCGCCCAGCAGCUAUGGCCCUGGCUGGUUUCUCCAACUGGACGUGCAAUUUCAUCAUUGGCAUGUGUUUCCAGUAUGUUGCGGAUGCUAUGGGGCCCUACGUCUUCCUUCUAUUUGCGGCCCUCCUGCUUGGCUUCUUCAUCUUCACCUUCUUAAAAGUACCUGAGACCAGAGGCCGGACAUUUGACCAGAUUUCAGCUGCCUUCCACCGGACGCCCUCUCUCUUAGAGCAAGAAGUGAAACCCAGCACGGAGCUUGAGUACUUAGGGCCAGAGGAGAAUGACUGAGGGGCUGGCCCAGGUGGGAGAGCCUGUACUCUCACCUCCCAAGAUGCCCCCUUUUUCUCUACAGCACUUUAACCCUCUCUUCCCCAUGCCUUCUAGACUGAGAAAAUCCCUACAGUCUGGUGGGACUGGGAAGCUGAGGGGUGGUCUGAGGACCCUCGUUCCCUGUGUGUGAUCUCUUGGAUUAUUUAUGUGUUGUGGUUAGGCUGUGGCCACAGGAUGGGCCAUUCUUCCCUCAUCCCCCCCCCCCCCCAUCCUACCCAGUCUUAGCUUCAGAAUACACCCCCUCUUCUGCUAGAGAAGAGGGUAUAGAAGGGGGUUGACUCUAGGACUGCUAUUUUAGUGGACUCAAGUGAAUCUCAGAGCGGGACUGAAGAAGAGAAACCCAGUGUCCUGCCCCCUUUAACUUCUCACUAUCUGGCACUUCUGAACUCUUGCCGCAGACUCGGGUGAAUCUGGUGAAUCGGGGAGGGACUUUCCUAAGUUAACCCUCGCAGGACAAAGGACAUGCUCUGCUGUGUCUAACCUCCCCUCUCUGCAGGCUGUCCUCUCACUUAACCUUAUUGGGCAAGAGGAAACACAUGCCCUUCUCGCAUGCAGCAGGAUCCCACUUGCAGACUUAGGGCUAUGGGUCCUACCCUGAAUGUCCCCCAAAGCUGCCAAGCUGUGGGUAAGGUGUGGAGAAGUAAACCUUUUUCUCCUCUCCCAUCUUGAUAGGGCACUGUACUCAGGCUUUUCCCCAACUUAAGGAAGUUAAAAACCUUCAAAUAUUUUUUGUAUAUGUUUGAAAAAGGUAGGGAGAAGCAACUGAAGGUUUGUUGUAUGAAAUGUAUAUGUGUGUGUAUAUAUAUGUGUAUAUAUAUGGAUAUAAAAAUCACUGUAUGAG